AUGUCCCGUCUCUUCCGAUCUUUCUGUCUGAUUGCGCCUCGUUCGCCUUUCGUCUCACCAACACGCACCUUUUCCAGUACAUCCAUAUAUCUAGCAAAGGCUCUCCCACCUCGACCGAAACCUCCACCCGAGUCCGAGAUCGAAGAAUCGUAUGUCAAAGGAAGUGGUCCGGGCGGUCAGAAGAUUAACAAAACCAACUCUGCGGUCCAGCUCAAGCACGUGCCCACGGGGAUAGUCGUCAAGUCGCAGGCAACCCGUUCAAGAGACCAAAAUCGAAAACAUGCCCGCGAACUGCUUGCCCAGCGGGUCGAUGAGCUACGAAACGGCGACCAAAGUCGGUCAGCCAUUGUUGGGCGUGUAAAGGAAAAGAAAGCCGCAAGUGCCUCCAAGAAGAGUCGCAGGAAAUACAAGAAGCUUGAGGAAGACAAGGCAAUUGCUGCAGCUGGAGGUGAAGCUGAGGCCCCGUUGGAGGCGACCUCUGACUUGUCUACAGAAAACCGUUCAGCUGCACAUAAAACAGAGAGUUCUGAAGCUACUGAACCUUCUGAUACCACGAGCAAACUGACCUGA